CCUCGUUUCCUUUCCUUUUAUUGACACAUGAUAGCAGCACAUAUAGUUGGACAGAUGAAUACAAACUGCAAUACCGCGAAUCAAGACUAUGCACCACUGAAUUUAACCAAAACGACGUGAUGUUGUCAAGUAAUAGAAUAAUGUUCAUGAAAAAGGAUUUAUUGCUCCUUUAGUUAAAGCGUCGUCAUUAUUUAGCUUUUACGUCGAAAAAAAUCUCCCGGAACUUCCGCCAAGUCUAAACGGAAGUAGGUACGUGGCCGCUUCAGCUGACAGUCUACAUGAUGGCGACAGAGGUUCAGAGCGGCGACCUCGACAGCGCUACUUCCAGCCGGCUCGAAGUUUCCAUCGAUGGCCUCACUCUCAGUCCCGACCCGGAGGGCGAGCAAGUCCCGGUGGAAGAGCCAGAGCCCAGCCCCGUUGAACCGGAGACCGACACGCCGGGUACCGAUGAGGGCGAAGAUGGAGAGUCAGCCAAAUCUGCAAUAGAGAGUAAAUGGGGCUUCCCUCUUCAGGAGCUGUACGGAAUGAGCCUUAAAUUCUUUAAAGGUAAGCCCAAGUUUUUACCCUCUUUGAAUUUCAACGCAUAUUAAGUUGCAGAGCUCGAACCUGCCGUUAAACCGCGAGACUGCUAACAUUAGCAGUUAGCUGUCACAGCCUGGGAUCCUGUUGUCAGCCGCAGCAUUAGCUACACGGCUAACGAAGAGCCAACCCCGCUAACGAGCUAUUAGCUGCCGAGUGAAGGGUGAGACCACCGUGGGGCUGAAGAGUAGUCCAUUCAUUGCUGGGCGACGUUUCACUGUUUGCCUCUUGUAUCGCUACCGCGCGCUGUCUUUGGGUUUAACUUGCUCAAAACCUUGUCCGUUAACCGUGAGAGCGCUACAUCAGCUGCUUACAGAGUCAGCCAGCCGCACCAACUUAGCCUUUCGUGGUUUGUUUGGGAUCUGAUCACGCCCUGAACACAACCAGCUCUGAUAAAAGGAACACACAAAGGUUCCUGCUAUGCUACCUCAGAUGCUAAACCAGUCUUUUGGCACAGCACAUGUCCUUAAAAAACAGUUUGCAGCAGUUCGUGCUUAAAGUCGUAUUAGAAGGACCCGUUUAGACCACCAGUACAUUGAACAGCCCCUGUGUAUCCUGAUAUACACUUUCCAACAUGAAGUACACUCACCUGCCAGGCAUUAUUAUCGCCUUGGCAAUCUUAUGCAGUCUAACACAACAGAUCCUCCGCAAAUUCAACUGCCAAUAAUAUUUUUAAGUUUGUCAGUGUUUUGUUGACAUGGCCAAUAUUAUUGCACUUUGUUUCUAAAAAGGAAGGGAGGUGGAGGUGUGCUGGAGUGCAUUGAUAUUGACACACUCCAGUGAAGCCAGCUUCAAUGAUAAAUACUGAGUACAGUUAUAACCUUUGUGAUAAUGUCAACAAACACUAAAUAUUUUAAAGAUUCCUGAAAGUAGAAUCCUGGUACAGCUGUUUUGUUGAAUUAGAUAGCCCAGUGGAUCAUAAUGUUGUGCAUAUCAAGUAGAAAGGCUGCUUUUGCUGACAGUCUGUAGAAGAUACCUUAGACAUAAGUGUUGUCACUCAAAUGUGGCAUACUUGGUACUAAAAGAAAGGAUUAUAUGGGCAACAAUAACGCAGCUCCAAAAUCAAAUUUCACCUGCCAAGUUUUAUUAACACCCAAUGAGAAAAAACAAGUAGAAGCAGCACAGUCUAAAGCAUGUCAAGCUUGUCAUUUUUUGAGUAGUUAUUUUUUGUAUCCGCAGUAGUAUAUCCUCCUCUCCCCUGUGACACAAUAUGGAUCCUGUUGUCAGUAAUGUACAUAGGCAACAUGAAACACUCGACAUUUGUACUGUUUUCAUUAGAGUAAAGCACUUGUAUGACUGUGCAAACGGGUUUGGUCAUUGUUGCCACCCAGUACCUUAGUAAUCUGUGCACUGUAUUUCCAGUCAGUUAGGGUUUGGUCAGCUUGCGCAACUUGUAAACACAGAUCUGAUUCCUGCCUCACCUUGUAUAAAGUGAGUUUGAAAAGAAUUGAAAUGAUCUUGUAGUGAAGUUCAUGAUACAUAACUGUGAGUGUCAAAGUUUUUGAGAGAUGUAAAAAUACUUUCUUUUAAUUUUAACUUCCUCCUUUCUCUAAUGAGACACAAAUGUUUAUCAUAGUAUUGGCUUUGCACUGCAGGAAGUGAAGAUUUUUUUCUCUGCUUCUCCCAGAUAAAGAUGGGAAGGCCUUCCACCCCACUUAUGAGGAGAAGCUACGAUUGGUGGCUCUGCACAAACAGGUGUUACUUGGCCCUUAUAAUCCAGAUGCUUCACCUGAGGUUGGCUUCUUUGAUGUCCUGGGCAAUGACCGCAGGUAACCUCCUGCAGACAUCUGCAUUAUGUGACCUUUGACCUGUGGUAGACAUGUGCAUAUAGUGUGUGUAUUUAUAGCCCAUCUUUUUGUUAUGGCUUUGAAAAUUGUCCAAUGAGAACCUUUAUGUUGUUAAGUUUCCAUACAUGUAUUAUUUCACAUUUAUUGAAGACUCAUAUAUUGCACAAAUUUCAAGUUCUUGCUGAAAUGAUAAAGUAUCGUCAGGUUUUUCGAGAAGGUAGAGGAUAGUCCCCUCUUUUUGCUCUACUUAAAAAUUGUUUGUGAAAGUUCUACCAAAUUUGUUUUGUCAUUGCAAUACGAGUAUUUGAUGGAUGAGUCCCAUUUGCUCAGCUGCCUUUACAAUCCAUCUUCACGUUCAUUCUUACUCUGCAUACAGAAAAGAGUGGGCCUCCCUGGGCAACAUGGAGAAGGAGGAAGCCAUGGUGGAGUUUGUCAAGCUGUUGAACAAGUGCUGUACCCUCUUUGCUCCUUACGUCACCUCACAUAAGAUCGAAAGGGAGGAGCAGGAAAGGAAAAGGUACCAUGGUUUACUUCAGUUCCCUGUAAAGAGACUAAAUACAGACUAUUCACUUUGUCCUAAAUAAACCAUUGUUAUCAUUACUAAUUCUCUCUGUUAUGGUGCUAUUCCCUAGGAAAGAAGAAGAGGAGCGUCAGAGACAGGAGGAGGAGGAGAGGGAGAGACAAAGGCAGGAGGAGGAAAGACGAAGGCUCGAAGAAGAAGAGAGGCUGAGGAGAGAAGAGGAGGAGAGAAGGCAGGCAGAGGAAGAAAGGCUACGAAUUGAGCAGCAGAAGUAUGUGUGUCUACACUAAUACCCGUCUGAAAUGUGGUCCCUUCUCUCUAUGAUCAGCACCUAAAUCUCUCUGCUGUCCACCAUUGUCUCCUCUCCUUUUCCUCAGUUUCCUUCCUCACUGUAUUUCUCCUUUUGCUUUCUUUUCCAGACAACAGAUCAUGGCAGCAUUGAAUGCGCAGACAGCAGUGCAGUUCCAACAAUAUGCUGCCCAGCAGUACCCAAACAGCCCAGAGCAACAGCUUGGCCUCAUCCGUCAGCUCCAGGAGCAACACUACCAGCAGUAUAUGCAACAGCUCUACCAGGUUCAACUGGCCCAGCAGCAGGUGGGUUACACCGUCAGGGAUGGGUUCUUAUUAAUUGGUAUUUAUUUUUCUUAUGUUGUUGAAUAUGUUUUUAAGAAUUUUAAGAAUAUGAAAUUGGGAAAAAAACAUUGCUGUUAAAAUUCAUAAUAGGAUAACAAAGAAUGUAGUUCUUGAAAUUGUUUUGUCACAAUUUAAUGCGGUUGUGACUUAAAAGCUUGCUUUGUUGUUGAGUUAUGUGUUGAUACUUUACUGGCUUGAGGAUUCCCAGUAGGGGCAAAUUUGUAGAGUUUGGGAUGGAGAAAAGCCAAGUCCCUUUAUCCAAUUCCCACUGCUUAAAAUGUUCAGUGAAGAUGGAAGAAAGAAUCUUGAAUAAUAAUGAUUUGCUGUAACGUAAAUCUGGCUAGGAUAACAAUAUUAGUUCAGUGAAGCAGGAUUGAGAGCUCUUCUAACAGCACUGGGGAGACCAAAAAGCCUCUGUUAUGUUAGUAGUGUGUUUUUAAAGACUGUUAAAAUUGUCUUCAUUUCGCUCCAGGCGGCCUUACAAAAGCAGCAGCAGGCUGAUUCGAUGGUGCAGGGCACCCUGGAAUCGAACAGUUUCAACAGCAGUGAACCCAUUGUGGCCUCAGCUGCAGGGUCACUGUGUGCAGCUUCACCACCGACUACUGAGGAAGUUCCUACAGUCAACGGAGGCCAGUCUGACUCAUACUCAGAGAGCAUGGACAGGGAACCAGAGCCUGAGCCAGCAGAGGAGGUCUCAGAGAACGGACCUUUAUUAGGUUGGUAGGCUGCUGAUGUUUUCUCUUGUUUAAAAAAACAAAAAAAAAAAAAAAGCCUUUAAUGCAACUAAUGGCUCGAAAGUAGAGGGGGGAGGUGUCUCUUGAACAAACAAAGCUUUAUACCAAACCUGGAACUUGAUUCUUAUCUGCUGUGUCCUUGUUGAUGGGACCUGGAGGGCAGGGAGGAGACGAGUAGAACCUGUGAUACAUGAUAACUCACUGAUUUAGGUAUCAUUCAAACCACACACACUGCUUACAGAGGAGUAUGCUCCCACACCAGAGGUGACCAAGGCCUAGGUAUGAUUUCGAAACAUACAUCCUGAGCUAAAUCAAUCUUCAGGCGCUACCUGUUUACUAAUGAUGCUUUGAGAAAAGAUUGUGGGUUUUGAAGGGAUUUAAACAACAACUCAGUGAAUGCAUCCAUGCCUCCCCUUUCCAGCUCUCAUAAACAAUCACAAUGAUUGGCUUUUUUGUUCAACAAGUAAUCUUUUAUUCUCUAUGUGUGCUAGAAUAAAACGAGUAAUUCCUAGGAAAUGACAAUACAAUGUUUCUUUCUCAAAUGCAAACCUUUUAAUGCUGUUUUUUAGAGGGUUGUGAAAACAUUUUUUUUUUAUUGAUCACAGCGGACUCUCCACCAGUCAUAGCUGCUCCCUCCAUGUGGACACGGCCACAGAUCAAGGACUUCAAGGAGAAGAUCCGUCAGGACGCAGACAGUGUGAUCACAGUGGGGCGUGGUGAGGUGGUCACAGUUCGGGUGCCCACCCAUGAAGAGGGUUCUUACCUGUUCUGGGAGUUUGCAACAGACUAUUAUGACAUCGGCUUUGGAGUAUUCUUUGAGUGGACGGAUGCUGCCUCUGCUUCAGUCAGUGUGCACGUGUCAGAGUCCAGCGACGAUGAUGAGGAUGACGAAGGUGAGAAAUGUAUGGCAAUAAUAAUAACUUUAUAAUAACUUUAUUUUUAUAGCACUUUUAAAAACAGAAGUUUACAAAGUGCUUUGACAAACAGUUGCAAAGCAGAGAACAUCAGCACAUGGAAACAAAAACAAAUAAAAACAAAAGCUCAGUUAAAAACAAGGCCUCCAAAUUGAAGGCUAAUUUCAUUUGUCAUAAGAAACCCAGACAAUACAAGAACCCUACAACAUAAAAUGAGACCAUGAGGACCAAAAUAAAAACAUAAAAUAGAUAAGAAAAAGAAAUUUGAUAAAAAAGGGGGGGUAGAAAGCAGAAAACAGGAUAGUAAACGUAAAAAGAGAAUAUUCAUAAUGAUAAUAAAAUAAUGAUGAUGGUAAUAUUACUGAUAAAAUGGAAUAACAAAAAUGAGCAGGAAAAAAACAAUACAAUCAAUGAAAGCCCUAAAAGGUCAAAUAAGAAAAGAUUAUAAGUAAAACAAAGGCUAAAAGGACAGUAAGUCUAAAUAAGAUGGAGGUAAAAGAGAUAAAAGAUAAAAGGAAAAAAAGGGAAAAGACGGCAUCACAUAAAAACAAGUCUGUAAAAGUGAGUUUUUAAAUUUGACUUAAAAGAAGCGACUGUCUCUGCACGCCUUAUCUCCUCUGGCAGGUUGUUCCAAAGUUGAGGGGCUCUGAUGGAGAAAGAUCUAUCACCUUUAGUUUUGAGCCUCAACUUUGGAACGACCAGGAGACCUUCGCCAGAGGGUUUGAGGCUGGGAGAUGGCUCAUAAGGUAUUAAAAGCUCUGAAAUGUAGCUCGGAGGAAGUCCUUUGAGCGCUUUCAAAGUAAUCAAUAAAAUCUUAAAAUCAAUUCUAAAACUCACAAGAAGCCAGUGAAGGGAGGCUAAAAUUUGAGUGAUGUGAUGCCGUCUACUAAAACCAGUUAAAAUCCUAGCUGCUGCAUUCUGAACUAGUUGGAGGGAAGUCUGCAGUAUGCCUCAGAUGUGGCAGCUUUACGGGAUCAACCUGUGAUGGAGGUUUAAAAAGGCAACUAUGGGGAAAGAGCUGCUUUGAAAUAUCAGUUUACUUCCUGUGAUGAACGGUGUGUGUGAAGCUCACUUAAUCACUUUAUCUGUGGCAAUGAAAUUUAACCAGCUAGUCCUUAAGAAUUGUCUUUUCUUGUAUAUGAUAUGGUGUAGAUUGACUGCAAAGCUGUUGUCUUCAAAGGGGUGUUUUCUUGAUUUUUGUUGUUGCCUCAGUCAUCAGGCCACUAAGAGAUGAUUAAGUAUGCAUAGAUAAAGUUUUACUCCAGAACUUGCUUACGCUGUAGUUAAACAUCUCAUGAAAGUCCUAUGAGGCAGAGAGGAUGAUGAUUAAAUCUGUCAUAAUGACAACAUAUAUUGUGUAAUGUAAUUGUUGUGGUUUUAUUGGUUGGGUUAAUUGUUCAAACGAACCUUUGGCAGAAUGUCAGUUCUUCUGAAUACUAAUUUUUCUGAAUGUCUGACACAAGUAUCUGUUGUGUGUUUAUAUUUAUGUGACAAUAGAUUUAUCCCUGAAGCUAAUGAUGUUUUUCCACAUAAAUUAUAAUAUGUGAGUUAAGUUCUUCUAAAACUGUUGUCUAUAUUCAGAAUUGAUACAAUGCAAAAAGGAAUAAAUGUUUCUUCAGGAUGAAUGAAAGCAUUGCAUAGGGGGAGUAAAUCUCUUUAAUUGAGCUGUGUAUGACUGUCCUCCCAAAUAUGACCCCCUGUUUAUUUUUUUGUCUACAGGUGACCCUCCUAAUGAGGAGGAGAAAGCAAAGAAAGAGGCAGGGAAGCCCCAGGUGGAUGAGAUUGUGCCGGUGUAUCGGCGGGACUGUCAUGAGGAGGUGUACGCUGGCAGCCAUCAGUACCCUGGCCGCGGAGUCUACCUGCUCAAGUUUGACAACUCCUAUUCACUCUGGCGCUCCAAGAGUGUUUACUACAGAGUCUACUACACCAGAUAAGCCUGAACACAGACACAGGGGGAGCCAAGGAGUAUGUAUGCUCAUAAUGUAUGUGUGUGUUUGUGUGUAUAGGUGGAGAUUUGUGCGAUGGCAGCCUGUAUGUGUAUGUAUGUGAGGAAGAGUGAGAGAAUACAUCUGGACAUAACCACCAGAGGGUGACAACGAGACACAUCUGGAGCCUCAGUUUGGAGAAUGGACUAGCUUGUGUGCUGUGUGAACGUGUGUAUGUAUGUUCCAACAUACACCUAUGCUAGAGCCUGUCAUGGAGCCUUUGGAAGAGGAGUGUGUAUUCUGUUGUAUAUUCACCGCCUGUCCUUGCUGCGCUCACAUAGACCAAGCUGUAGGACUUUAGCUCUCAUGUUGUAUAUUACCACUCUUCACCCUGGACUCCUCUUCUGUCACUGCUCCAGCCCGACUCUGUCCAAUGUGGCCUUGUGGCUGCUUCUGCCCUGAGUGAUGCUUUUCAGAGCCGUGAGAGGAAACACAGGCGAUGUGUCCAACACUCUGUGAGCCAAUGUUUUCUGUUUUGGUGGCUGUUUAUUCCACUAAGAACACAAUGUCAAAAAAUUAAAUUAUAACUGCAAAUACUCUUUAUAACACAAUGCCUCUGUUACAUAGAGAGCUUCUGGUCUUGGCCAAAUCUCACUGACACAUUUUAACCAUCUGAGACAAACAUCAUCAUCCUUUUAUUUGAAUUAGUUGUCACUUGUUUUCCGAGUAACCAUGCCUAAAUAAAAAGCUAAGAGUGUGUUUGGUGGACAACAGUGGCCUUUGGCCUUUUCCUACUUGUUAAAUAAUGUUCAACCUUUAGUUCUUGAAACAGUCUGACUGGCACAGUGCAGUGGGAGACAUUUUUUUUCUUACUGGAAAAGUUAUGAAGGACACAGCUAAGAAUAAAAUCCAAAUGAAGAAUCAAAUAAUAAUAAAAAAAUAGAUGUGCUUAUGACACAUGGAUAUUUAUUUCCCUUUCCAAAAUAGACAGGUUCUUAUCUCUUUGAUGCUGUCUCCUAAUCAGUGACAAGUUCCACUGAUGAGAAGUUGCCUCCAUAGAUGCCUCUGAUCUAAAUUUAUUCCUUGUAGCUAAUUCUACAUUAUUCACUCUCUUCGCUCAACAAUUCAUACAACAUGAUAAAACAGAGCCAGUAUUAAAGAUUCCCAUAUUACUUGGGAAGUUUUUAAGAGUCAUUAUGUGUUUCAACACCUAACAAUGAUACAAAUUUCCUAUUUGGUGGUCAUAACACACUGUAACAUCUCAAGUGUCAAAUAUAAGUGUUUGAUACAGCUCAGUUUUUUCUUUCUGUUAUGAACAAAGUCAUUGUCGUCUCCUAAGUUGCCACAAAUAAAGUGAGAUGAUGUAGACUUGUUUUCGUGUCCUGGUUGAACUGGUUUCUUUCUUGUUAAUUCAGUUUGACAUUUAUGUGUGUUCCAUUUUAAAUUUGUUGCCAUUAUUUAUAUCCAUUCUUCAGUUUCUCUUGCUCUGUGUACAAAACACCUUGGUGCAUCAUAAGCAUUGUGACGGCGUCACACGCAUUUGGUUUCACUUCUCAGUAAUUCAUUGAGUUGGAGUUGUACAUCUGCAAGUGUGUAUGCAACCAAACUUUAAAGACACAGAGGCAAAAUAACCUGCAAGUUGAGUAACCAGUUUCUGACCUUGUUGAGUGUUAAUUGAUUAUUUUAAGAACAGGCCACUCCUGCCUCCUUUUGAUUCAGUUAUUUUGAAACAUAAUGUCACUACCUAUGGCUUAACUAAGCCAUAAUGUCUGAGAGUUCUGAUGAUUUGUUUUUGUUUGUUUCUUACUGCUCACCAAAUGGUUUGAGUAGGCGUGUCCAAGCCUUGUCUGUAAAUAAUUCUAUAAAUGAGUUUAUGUAUGGGUUUUAGAUGUGGAAGAAGGCUAUGGUUUUUGAGAAUCAAUGCACUGUAAAAUAUGGUGAAUGAGAUUUAUGUAUACAUUUUACCCCAAAUGAAAGUCCAAAACUAGUGGGAGAUGGAAAACUGUUGGAGUCUGUUGACCUGUCAUACAGAAAAACUCAUCUUUUGUAUUGUUUUGACCUGUUUGGAUCUUAUAUGAGUUGAAAGAUUUUUUUGGGCAUAUAUUUAAUCUUUAUUAAACUUAUGUUCAUCUCUAGAAUUGGAAAA